AUGGGAGGUUCACAACUCUCCGGUCCUACUUCCACCGACGAGUGGCCAUCUGAACUACGAGCAUAUCACGUUAACCGACCCCCAUCUGGCUCUAUAUCACUCCCUGUAGCUUCAGUUCGCCGAACUCCGACCGGCGGAAGGAAUCUAGUAGCUCUUCCACUGGAAACUGAACUUGCUGAAUUGGAUGAAAAGAAGGAUAAACGUAAAUCACCCGGUAUAAAGAGCAUUCGAUCAUGGCGUGAGAAUAGAAAAAAACCUAAAUCUCCUAUCGAGGAACCUCUCUCGGAAUAUUCUCCUUUCCGGUCUAGAGGUAGACCAUCUACAGAUAUUCGACCCCUCACACCUUCGACAUCCACUACCACACUCACCGGUGCUAUACAUUAUCCUGGUGUAAUCAUCUCUUCAUCGCCUAAUCUACUCAAUGCCGCUUACGUCUUCCCUGUCCAAAAGUCCAAGAAAGCCGAUGUAUUCCAAGACACUUCGAGACCUUCCGCAGCGAGUCUUUUAGGAUUGGACACGAGACAAAGGACUUCAACGACGCCGCCGAUCCCUCCCCGUUCGGCUGAUCGUCCAAUCCCUACAUCCCAAAGGUCCGUUGGAAUGAGUGCAUCCGUCGAAGUGCGCCGUCAGGCUUCGGGUGGGGAAAGGGGUAUGCAACCUUCAGGUGAAGAGAGAAUAAGUGAUGGAUCAUUUCAACGGUCUCAACGGCCCGGGAGCAAGGAAGGUGUCAAGAUACCUUUGGUAUUCGCUCCAACGGCCAUGGGGCCCAGGCAUACCACUUUGAUUAGAUCGGGAAGCGGAGGCGUCGGUGAAGCGUCGACGUCAGAAAUAUAUAUAUCAGGGUAUGUGGUCUUCACCAUUCUCCUCCUACCAUUGCCUUCAAUUGUGAAGAUCGACUCCUACCCUCUGAUUCGUAAUCUUCUAAUUUUCAUCUCAAAGGUCACUGUUGAGAUGUUUCGUUGGCUGUACCAUAAUCCAUGGCUUAUAACUAGCGAUACGCCAAUACAUCAACGACCACUUCCCCCUCUUCCUAACGGUACGACAGAACGACAAAUUUCACUAAAUGCGACAAAAGCAAUUCGAAAGUUACGUACUAAAAAUGGUCGUCCUACCACGGCAAUAGGACCCGGGUUGCCAUCAAUAUUCGGCAGACAGAACCACCCCGAUACAUCUUCCAUCAGCCUCUCCAGUGGUUCAGAAACCAGAGAAGAAAUUCCAGUCAAUGCUCUUCGGGCCACUGAACGCAAAACGGGUUUAUCAGCUUUAUCAUUCCUCGCAUUGAAUGAUUCAAAGGUGUCACUCGCCCCUUCAUCUUCACGUGUCCAUCAAUCAGAUUCAUCUCUUUCACCGUUCCCAACAAGAUCAUCUUCCUCACACAUCCGUUCCAGCUCCAAUAUCACUUCCGAAGAACGCAAUUCUCAAACUCCAAGACAAAGACGAACAUCACAUAUCUCUGAAAAUGGAAAUGCCGACAAUACCAAAGAUGACUAUGAUUUAGAUGCUCAUAUCAUUCCACCUUCUGAACUUCGUAAAAUUUGUUCUGAACAUCAUCGUCGUACUGCAUCAUCAUCAGCUGGAUCAGAUCAUUUAAGCUCUACACCAUCUUCCAUCACCUUUUCACUUCAUCUUCCGAAUGAAAACAGUCCACAUCCACAUUUGAAACAUAUACGAGAUUCACCACCUACUCCAAUCCAAUCUGACAUACUCACUCCUCCACUUCAACCUACAGCUCAUCUUUCUCCUAGACCACCGCAUCGUAAACGUCCACACACUUCAGCAGGUGCGAUGGGUGGGCAAUCGGGAUCAGGAGGAAAAAUGUCAUUUCCUGGUCAUUCGUAUGUUCUCGAAGAACAGAAUCGUACUUGGACUUAUGCGGAAGAACCAAGAGGGGAGUAUUAUCGACUUGAAUCCUCGACAUUUCAACAGGUAAAAGUAGGGAUGUUCCAAGAACCAAAUCCGAGACUUCCUGAUGAUUUGCCUAGAUCUGUUCGACGAGUGAUGGAGGAAGAUAAUACUUCAGAUCAUGUCCCAAUUCCAGUGAAAGAGGAGCAAAGACAAGUGUUGGGAGGUAUGACACAAUUUUCUCUCACACCUCCCUCGAUGACUUUGGAAGAGAGAAGAUUGUCAGAUGGUAGUCAGGGCGAGGAGAGGAUCAGAAUUGAGGAAGAUACAAGAGGACAAAUAGAGAAAUCUUCGAUUUCAGGGAGGUCAAGUCCUGCUUUGUCGGCUGUGGGUGGUAGUAGUUCAGUGGAAAGUCACUCGGGAAGAGAGCGUACGAUGGGUUUGGGUUUAGGUCUGGGUGUAGACGAGGGGAAUUCAACGAGUAGGACUGCCUUCGGAGUAUCAUCACGGUCCAUAUCAGGGACGAGUGGGAAGACGAGUCGGGAAGAGUUGGAGAUAGGGAGAUCAAAAGACUCAGACGGUGGAAACAGGGGUAACGAGGGAGGACUGGAAAUAGGAGAAGAGAUGAAAAGGAUUGGAGGAAACGACGGAAAUGUCAGUAACAACUUACAAGAUGACACAGACUCUUCUUCUUUCGCAUCUCGAAAAGCGGAUAGGGCGGCGUUGAACGCAUGGUUAGCUAGUAAACCGAGGAGAAGGACAGGUAGUGGGAUUGGAGUUUUGAACGGAGUGACAAGGAUAGGUACAGGUAUACCAGUCUGA